GUAUUUUAAAGAUUAUAGGAUCUUGUUAUAAAACAUGUUGCAACUAACUUGUAUUUUGAAACAAAACUCUUAACAAAACAUAAUAGUUAUUGUCCUAAUCAUUCAUUCACCAUCUCACUUUGGUUAUUAGUUUAUGAGUUCACCGUAGAGUAUGGAAAACAUAGGCCUACCUACCAGAUACCUGUACAGUAUCGCCAAUAUCAUUUUGGUUACCAAGCAACAUGGAGCGUCUCGUACGCAUGCGAGUGUGAAGAACUUUGCGCGCGUCAUAGUAACUAGGAAACGUUUUGUGUAUUUUGUCCAUUUUCGAGACGAGUAGCUAGAUCGGUACCAGUGAAUAAACUUUUUUUAAGAUGGACUUUUUAUUUCAAAUAGCUCUCUUAAGCACAUUGAAUGUAAAAGGUAAGGUUUUCUGAAGUAUUUGUAUCUUUUGUACAAUUAUGAGUAAAACAUAUCAGCAAGAAAUACGAUAUAACGUAACUUCAAGAAUAGUAUUAAUUAUUUUAAUAUUCUUAACAAUUGUGUUACUGUUAGCAUCUGGAUGGAUAUCAGAAUGGACAAUGGGACCCCCGUGCGAUGACCACCAGCAGGAUGGGUAUUGGAGCCAACGUUGUGAUGGUUAUCAAUUGGCAGAUGACAUAUUUGAUGAGCCCGAGGUUUCAGAUGAUGCUUGGAUGAUCAGCUUCCUUCUACUUUCUUUGUUUCUCGUUAUAUUGCUACUCAAUACCGAAAAUGUGUAUAGACGAAUGACAAUGUUGUAUUCGACUGAAUCCCCAAAAGUCUGGACAAGAACUUCGCAAUCAAAGCGACUACACCGUCUUGAAAAAUAAAAUGCAAUUAAAUACUUAUUGCAAAAA